GCUCCGUCGGCUUCGUUGGCCCGAGCAGCAGCGGCAAGACCACCGUCCUGCGCGCUGCGGCCGCAGCGCUGUCGAUGCAGGAGCAGGUCCUCGUUGUCGACUUUCGUUCUGAACUGGUGGGCGUGGCCGUCAAUGCUUGCGAGAUCGGCUUGGAGCAUGCCGCGUACUUGGUGCCUCCACCCGGGGCCGAAGAGGAGGACGCAAUCCAGCGCGCCAUCGAAGACCACGCACCCGAGGUCGUCGUCGCCGAGUUCACGCUGCCGACCUCCGCACUGAGGGCUGCCAAGCGGUGCACCGAGGCUGGGGUCCGCCUGGUUUGCAGCCUCCGCUGCACGAUGCAGGGCUUGGCGUGCUGCCUGGACGAGGGAGCCCGCGAGGACUUUCCCUUUGCCUCCUUGACGGAGCUGUGCCCCGGGCAUCUUUGA